AAAAACAAAGAAGGAAGGAAAAGAUCAGGAAGAGGACAAGGAAAAUGUCACCACAAAGAAGAACAAGAAGGCCAAGAAGUCACGGCGGUGGCGUUGUUGCAAGAAUAGAUGUCGCGUGUCCCCAGCCCCCCAAGAGGAAGAGACUCCGGAGAAGUCCCAAGAUGAGGUGGUGGCUGUCAAAAGACCAAUGGAGAAAGAGGAGGAACCAGUGAAAGACGAGAGGAUUCCUCAGGCCCUGUCCACCAAAAAGGAGGAAGUCGCUGUGACCACGGAGAAGAAACUCAGGAGUGAGCACAUUAAGUGUCUAGGGUUCCCCAACCCAGCACAAAUAUGUUAUAUUAACUCAAGCCUGCAGAGCCUGCUCACACUGGAGGACUUUGUAACAGCCAUCAGUCACCAGGAGCACGUUUGGAGUCUAAUACCUGAAGCGGCAGUCCUAAGAACAUUCAAGAACAUCAGCGAGCGUCACUUCUCCGGUGAUGCUCAGGAGAAACUCCGCCUUCUUGCCGCAUUCAAGAGGGCGGUGGCUCUGUGGGCUCCAGAGUUUGGUGACCAUCAGCAGAAAGAUGCCCAUGAGUUCCUGACAGCUGUCCUUGACCAGAUAAGAUAUUGGGGCCCACAGCUGCAGGUGCUGACCGCCGGCAUGGGCGUGGCCUACAGCUGUCCAGUAGAGGACUAUCUGAUGUUUAAAAUGCGAAACACCAGGACAUGCAAGAGUUGCGGAGCAGGUUCCACCAGAGAGGAAGACUUUUCUAAUCUGUCACUGGACCUUCCACCUGGAGGUGGCACUGUUGAAAAAAUGCUGGAUAAUUACCUGAUGGAGACAGAGUUGGAGUACAGGUGUGAGUGUGGUGCCACCAAGUCAGGGCCAGCGCUCAUCAUUCGCCACCCUGCCAAGGUGAGUAACAUCAAACUCCUGACUGUAGUGCUCAGCGAUGAUACUGGUUCACCCAGUGGUAUCAAAUUGGGCUCUGCUGCCUCUAAGGAAUAAUUGUAUUGUAUUUAAAAUACCAAGAGUAAGAGUCUUUUUCUCUGCCACCUGGUGCUCAUAUCUAACAGAGUGCUGGUCCUGCAUUUGAAGCGUUUCCGGUACACUCCAACUUUCCAGCUAGAAAAGAUCCAUGACCCUGUCAAUCUUCAGAGGGAGCUUGUGGUGUCUUCAGGCCAGGAUGGUGCGUGCUACAGUUUAGUCAGCACCUUAAAUCACAUCGGCGCCACAGCAAGAAGUGGACACUACAUCUGCGACGGAGUGGACCCCGACGUGGGACCGGUGGACCCAACAGACCGCUGGUUCACAUAUAACGACACAGUGGUCACUCAAACAAGCGGUGUCAAUGUGUGCAACCAGCGGCAAAGAUCGUCGUAUAUCUUGUUUUAUCGGAGACAGCCAGAGGACUAGACAGCAGGACAGUGGAUGAGGACCCAGUGGCAGGGACCAGAGGACAAACUUGGACAAACUUGGAUAGAUGACCUGGAGGCUGGACAGAUGUGUCAAAUGGAGGGAGCUGAAGGACACAGCCCUCAGGAGGAUGGGCCCCCCCCAGAGAGCCAGGUUCCUCCCAAGGUUUCUCCCUCAGAGGGAGUUUUUCCUUGCCACAGUCGCCCAAAAUCACAGCUCACAGUGAGCAGUGACAGGACUAAAUAUUUUAGCUCCAGAUAAAAUUUUUUACUGUCCUGUCAUCCUGUACAGUUGAUUUAAUCUUUUCUGUACAGCUAUGGCUUGCUCUCUGGGGAGAUGGUAAGGUGAUAAUAAAGGCCUUUAACUUUUAUCAGGAAAAGUUAAAUAAAUCAUUU